UCAAUUAAUUUUAUAUGCAUCUCAAUUAAAUUUAUAAGUAAUAAUAUAAGCUUCCACAAAUUUUAAAAGAAUUCAAACUUUUUUUAUGAUUAUAUAUAUCUCACUCCAAAAAGUUGAUCAUUGAAAUAGUGUGUUUUUUCUGGUUUCUCUCCCCACAAGUUUGGUUUUUGCGUUAGACAUCUUUGAAUUGGAUAAAACAGAAACAAGUUUGGUUCUUUUUUGUGUUUUAGUAUUGAAGAUAAUGAAAUGAUGAUGAAUUGUGGAGCGAUGAAUGCUACUACCCCUUCUUCUACUUCUUGGUCUGCUUCUCACAGCUCCAAAAUUCCCAUGUUGUUGCCUAGGGCAAUUUGUAGCACACAAAGAAUGUGUUGUGGCUCUGGUGUUCACGUGGAUGCUUGUGUUAGUACUAAUGUCUCAAGAAAUGCUAAAGACUCAAUGGUUUGGUCUGGAACAUCACCAUCUUUAUAUUCUAAGCAGCCAAUCAACAAAUUUUUGUUGCCUUUGAGAGCAUUAGUGACUUCUACAUCUCAAGAUGUUCCCAUUGCAUCUCUUAUUGGUCGAGAAAAGGUAGGAGUUUUGUUGCUUAAUCUUGGUGGUCCUGAGACUCUUGAAGACGUGCAGCCUUUCCUUUUUAAUCUUUUUGCUGACCCGGACAUUAUACGAUUGCCAAGGUUGUUUCGGUUUCUUCAAAAGCCCUUGGCCCAAUUUAUAUCUGUCGCGAGGGCACCAAAGAGCAAAGAAGGCUAUGCUUCAAUUGGUGGUGGCUCUCCUUUGCGGCAUAUAACUGAUGCACAGGCUGAAGAACUGAGGAAAUCUCUGUGGGAAAAGCAAGUCCCAGCAAAGGUGUAUGUUGGUAUGCGCUACUGGCACCCAUUCACUGAAGAAGCCAUUGAACAGAUAAAAAGAGAUGGAAUCACAAAGCUUGUUGUCCUUCCGCUUUAUCCACAGUUUUCAAUAUCAACUAGUGGUUCAAGCCUUCGACUCUUGGAGAGUAUAUUCCGGGAAGAUGAAUAUCUGGUAAGCAUGCAGCAUACAGUGAUACCUUCUUGGUACCAGCGUGAAGGAUACAUCAAAGCUAUGGCAAAUUUAAUUGGAAAGGAAUUAGAAACAUUUGACCAUCCUGAGCAGGUUCUGAUAUUUUUUAGUGCACAUGGUGUGCCACUUGCAUAUGUGGAAGAGGCUGGUGAUCCGUAUAAAGCAGAAAUGGAGGAAUGCAUAGAUUUGAUAAUGGAGGAAUUAGAAAAGAGAAAGAUUAUGAAUGCAUACACUCUUGCUUAUCAGAGCAGAGUUGGACCUGUCGAAUGGUUGAAACCUUAUACUGAUGAGACAAUCAUUGAGCUUGGGAAGAGAGGGGUGAAAUGUCUCUUGGCUGUUCCAAUUAGUUUUGUCAGUGAGCAUAUUGAAACUUUGGAAGAAAUUGAUGUUGAGUACAAAGAGUUGGCUCUUAAGUCUGGUAUAGAAAAAUGGGGACGUGUUCCUGCACUAGGAUGUGAACCAACGUUCAUUUCAGAUUUGGCAGAUGCAGUGAUUGAGAGUCUUCCAUAUGUAGGAGCUAUGGCAGUCUCAAAUAUUGAAGCUCGACAGUUUGGGAUCUUCGCAGUCUUUAGUUCCACUCGGCAGUGUAGAGGAGCUACUGGCAGUGUAUGAUUUAAAACGAAGGGAGCUACAAUCGCCUGUGAUGGUAUGGGAAUGGGGUUGGACAAGAAGUGCAGAAACCUGGAACGGACGAGCAGCUAUGCUGGCAGUUCUUGUUCUAUUGGUUCUAGAAGUCACCACCGGGCAGGGUUUUUUGCACCAAUGGGGUAUACUGCCAUUUUUUCAUUGAACAACAGCGAACAAAACCUUCCCCACCUCUAUCAAACGAACUAUGCCAAUUGUUACUGAAAUCGACAUGCUUAAUUCCUUAUGUAUCAUAUAUAUAUACAUGCUAAUUUGAACACUAUGGCAUUAUUGUAUAUGGCCAUACUUGGUUGGAUUUGGGUUAAUGGCAUCGUACAGGCUGUGCAACCCUUCAAUGGGUGAAAGUAAUUGUAUGCUAGAUGUUCUAUUAUUUGUUUACUUACAGAAUGUUCUUCGAUUUAUAGUUAUAAAGUUUUGCACUGUA